CUUAAAUAUACAGCAGCAAACUGUGAGAAUCGGUGACGUGUAUUAGAGAGCAAUUAUAAAAAAUAUAUUAAAAAUAACUCACAAACAGGAAGAGGGAGGAAAUAUUUCGAAUUUGCAGACGAAAUGAAUGCCAUAUUUAAAAAAAAAAAGAAACAUAAACCCCGAAAUUUUGUUAACCUUAUCUUCCACAAUAACAAACCCGUAUUCGCCUAAUGAAGAAGGUUUAGAAGUUACCUCGGAGGUUACAUUGAGUGAAAUUGAAAAUGUUGAACCAGAUUUUAGAGACGACACAAAAAAAAUUAUUGUAAAAACACCAAAGGCAAAGGCUCUCCCCUCCAGUCCCAGUAAAAUACAAACAAGGAUAAGUAGCACAAAGUAUAAAAAAGAUUCUAUCAUUGAACAAAUACGUCUAGAUAGGAAACAGUACCAAGAAGAGAGACUUAAGAUGGAAAAGUACAGAAUAGAUCAAAUGCUGGAGAUUGAGAAAGAGAUGCUAGAAAUUAGACGAAAACGAAACGAAUUAUUAGAAAAAAGAAAUAAUUUGCUAGACUAUUAA